AACAGUCCUCCUCCUCCGUCUGACACUCAUCUUUCUACCGUAGUCCACACCGUGCCACCAGACCACCUGGCACCCUGGCGGCGCCGCUCCGCCAUCUAUACUCUACGACGCCCCAUCCCCCUCCGACCCACCCAGCUUUUUCAAGAAUGAUAUUGAAGCUGAAGCAAUUCCAGCAUUUCUGGCGCUCACGGAGCAUGAAAAAUUUGGACUUCUAUAGAAAUAAGUAUCACUGCUUCGGCUAUGGGGGUGCAUUCCUGGUCAACAGAUUAUGCACACUAACAGGGAUGAGUAAAGUUGACGAGCUGCCUGAGAUGAAUGAGUCUCCGGAGCUUCCUGGUUGGGUUAAAUUUCCAGGUGAAAUAAAACAGGAUGUGUCUAAUAUGCCUGAAGAUGAUGAUGAUUUUGUAAUACCUUCAUUAUGGGAUUGGAUUGAAAAUGAUAAGCUUCAGAGGCAAGAAAUUGGCUCCGAGGGUCUGAAAAAUGGUGCUGUUAGUGAUGUUGAUAAAAUCUCUCAAACUUUGAAAAACCCGUUCCAGUCACCAGAUGAUGUCCUUCAAGCAUUAGGUGUCUGCAAUGUUGAUCUGUCUGAAGGUUUGGUUGAGAGAAUUCUCAAAAGAUUCAGCUAUGAGUGGAUAAAAUCAUAUGGAUUCUUUAAAUGGGUAAAACUGCAGUCCAACUUUAACCUCCCUCCUCAUUUGUACAAUGUAAUGAUUGACAACUUGGGGAAGACAAGGAACUUCGUUGCGAUGUGGGAAUUGGUGGAAGAAAUGAGUCUCUUAGAAGGGUACAUCACAUUGGAAACCGCCACAAUAGUCAUCAGAAGGCUUGGAAAGGCUGGUUGCUAUGAGGAUGCAGUUGAGGCAAUUCCUAGGUUGGAGCGAUUCGGAGUCCAUAAGGAUACAAAUCUGGUGAAUAUAUUGAUCAAUGCAUUGGUGAAUGGUGGAAGCGUGGAGCGUGCUUAUGAUGUUUAUUUACACGAGAAGCUUCAUAUAUCUCCAAAUCCGAGCACAUUCAAUAUGUUAAUCCAUGGAUGGUGCAAAAUUAGGAAGAUGGAGAAAGCCAAGAGGACCAUUCAAGACAUGGUGAGGCAUGGUUUCUCUCCAGAUUCCGUCACAUACACUUGCCUUAUUGAAGCCCACUGUCGCGAACGAGAUUUCCCCAAAGUUUAUGCCACCCUAGAUGAAAUGCAAAAGAAAGGGUGCCCUCCAACCGUAGUGACAUAUUCCAUAGUAAUGAAAGCCCUUGGGAGUGCAAAGGAACACCAGAAGGCUCUAGAGACGUAUGAGAAAAUGAAGGAAAUCGGUUGUCUUGAUGCCGAUGCUUAUGGGAUUCUGAUCAACAUCCUCUAUAGCUCCGGUAGACUCAAUGGCUCUGCAAAGGUGUUUGAGGAUAUGACCAAACAGGGAAUAACCCCUAACUUGCAGACUUUCAACGUAAUGAUCCGUCAUGCUGCUAAGAGCUUGAAAGAAGAGGAAGCACUCAAAUUACUCAAGAAAAUGGAGGAGUGUCAAUGCAAGCCUGACCUCAACACAUAUGCGCAGCUGCUGAAGAUGUGUUGCAAGCUGAAAAGAAUGAAAGUUUUGUCGUUUUUGAUGAAUCACAUGCACAACAAUGAUGUCGCCAUGGAUCUCCAGACAUAUGUUCUUUUGAUUGGUGGGCUUUGUAAGAUUGGGAAACACGAGUAUGCUUGUUCCCUUUUUGAGCAGUCAGUUCAGAAAGGAUUUUUGCCAACAGACACCAUGUACAGAAAACUUGUUCAAGAGCUCGAGAAGAAGGGCAUCAGUGAAGAAAGUGAACGCAUCAAACAGCUGAUGAUUGAAGCUGGAAAGCACAUUCAGGUGAAACAAAGUGAACAAUGAACAGAAAAACAGGUAUGGCAUUGUAAUCCCAAUCCAAUUUCAAUUUGAGCAGAUUAGAUUCUUUUGGGUGUGAUACAAAAUGGGGUUGGUUUUUUGUGUUGUUAAUUAUGAUGCCCCUUUGUACAUUGGCAGUGGUAUCCAAAUUAGGUGUCUUAAAUUAGCUAAGUUUGUGCUUCCCUUAUGUUCGACCGAUGCUGGAAAAAAAUUGUGAACAUGAGUUUGAAAUUACACUUUAAUUAGACAUUUAGGUUUGAGCUACAACUCCAAUUGUCAAACAUUGGUUUUUUGUUCCUAGUAUACCAUCCAAGCCUAAAACACAACCAACAAGAAAAAAAUAGACCUAAACCCAAACCAAAAGAUUACCAUUUCCAAAACCAUGUAGCAUGUAGAAUAUCUCCAUUCACUCUUUCCAAACAAACAUAAAACCUCAUCACGAUAAUAAUUUACGUCUAACUCACUACAUUUAAAUUAUAAUAGUCGAUGGACACGAGCUCAUUUUGCUGACAAGAGAGAAGGGAUUUUUACUGCUUCAUGAUUCAAAUGACAAUGCUUUGUAUUUCUCUGUUCAAUUUCAGAAGCAGUUGUUUGAACACUAUUCAAGUAUCAAAAACUUUGCUAAUGCAAAUGAAAGUCUCUUGACAUGGAGAUUUAUUUAUGCAAAUAUCAGUCUUGACUAAUGGUGA